CACCCUUUUCUUGGUAAAAUGUUUGGCUUCCCCGUUCGCGUAUUCCACGGCAGUCGUUUCUCCAAACAUUAAAGUCGAAUCAUUUACUUGUAAUUUACUUCUGUUCGAAUGAGAAAAGAACAGGAAAAAAUGGCGAAGCUUACUGCGUUUGUGAAGAUGCAAAAUAGUUAUCGGGAAGCUGUCAACGCAUCUAGUUUUUCUGAAAAAGAUGUUGAUGUCCUUCAGAAAAAAUUCAAUUUGUUUACUGCAGAUGAGUCUGAUAAGAAGUCCGCACUGGAUCAAGUAUUGCGAGAACAUCUCCUUGACCAACUAGCACGCCGCAAUGAAAAGGGUGUUGAUGAUGUGUCUGUAUGGGAGCAGUUUGUGACACAUUGCAUUAUUGCGUGCAAACGUUCUCUAUGUUCUCCAACAAUGCCUGUUGUGCUCCUGGGAGAUGUUUUUGAUGCCUUAACUCUUCAGCAAUGUGAGCAACUUUUUGCCUAUGUUGAAGAGAAUGUAUCUAUUUGGAAGGAAGACAUGUUUUUUACUCAAUGCAAGAACAACCUUUUAAGAAUGUGCAAUGAUUUAUUGCGCAGGUUGUCAAGAUCUCAAAAUACUGUAUUCUGUGGACGCAUUCUGCUUUUUCUUGCCAAAUUUUUUCCCUUUUCUGAACGCUCAGGGCUUAAUGUUGUGAGUGAGUUUAAUCUGGAAAAUCUUACUGAAUAUGGUGCAGAAGCCUCAGAUAAUCUGAAAGAAAUUUUGGAAGAUGAAAAUGACCAGAAUGAAGAGUACAAGGCAGAUAUGAAGAUUACAGUCGAUUACAAUUUAUACAGUAAAUUUUGGUCAUUGCAAGACUAUUUCCGAAACCCCAAUCAGUGCUACAACAAAGUACAUUGGAAAACUUUUUCUUCUCACUCAAACAAUGUGUUAUCUGCAUUCAGUAGCUACAAGCUUGAUGACAUUACAGACAGCAAGAGAUUAAAAAUAGAUAGCGCUCCACUAAAAGACAAGGAAACAAAAAUGGAAGUUGAUGGCUUUUCCUCCACAUCAUCUCAAGUGUUUUUCGCCAAGUACCUCACUAACCAGAAGUUAUUAGAACUUCAGUUAAGUGAUUCAAACUUUCGGCGCUACGUAUUGCUUCAGUUUCUUAUUCUUUUCCAAUAUCUCGAUUCUCAAGUGAAAUUCAAAGCUGAAAAUUAUGAACUAAAACCAGAGCAAAUUGAGUGGGUGAAAGAGACAACAGAGCUAAUUUGUAGAUUAAUUCGUGAAACACCACCUGAUGGACCUAGCUUCUUGCAAGCUGUAACACACAUUUUAAAGCGAGAAGAGCAGUGGAGUAAUUGGAAGAAUGAAGGCUGUAAAGAAUUUCAGACGCCUGGGGGAAAUCAGAAAGGGCUGACUGACACUGAUGAACCUGGAAGUGACCGAAAGAGACUUAAACCACGAAGGAAAGGAAAGGCUCUUGGUGACUUAAUACGAGAUUCUGCUAGUCAGGGAAAAACUUAUAUGGGAAAUGCUGAGCUGACCAAACUGUGGAAUGUUUGCCCAGACAAUUUAGAGGCUUGUAGAGGAAGAGACAGAGAUUUCCUUCCAUCACUUGAUUCAUAUUUUGAGGAAGCAAUUGAGCAAUCUGACCCCAGUGCUAUGGUGGAAGACAGCUACAAAAAAAUUAAUGAUGGUAACUUUGGCUGGCGAGCACUGCGGCUUCUUGCUCGAAGGAGCCCUCAUUUCUUUACCCUGAGUAGUAAUAAUAUCAGUAAACUGCCUGAAUACCUAGAGACAAUGAUCAGAAAGAUUGCUAAGGAUAGACCUACAACAGGAUCGUUGGCAAUUCCUCAAGAUGAAGCAAAACCUGAAGUUUUGGAUGGUCAAACAGAAGAAAAUGGAGCAGAUAAUGAACAAGAGGAGGAUGAGUUACUGAAAACUAUGAAGGAGGAAGAGACUAAAGAAGAUGAGACAGAAGAGAAAAAGCCUGGUUCCUUCAAUGAAAAAAUUUUGGAUUCGUUAGCUAAUAUUUUAUCAUCAUCAUGGAGGAAGGUAGCUUCAAAGUUGGAGUACACUAAGAAACAGAUUGAGGAGAUUAUCUCAGAUGCUACCGAUGACUCAGAAUGUGCUAGAAAAUGGUUGCAACAUUAUGCUGAAUUUGAUGAAGAUGGAAAUCCGGACAAUUUAGCCUAUACCUUAGAGGGUAUGGGUUUCACUGAAGCUGCUUCCGUAAUUAAUGAGAUGACUUAAGUUACCACUCAUAGUUGAAAAAUGUCUGAUGAAUUAUGACGUAAUCAAAAGUAAAACAAAUGUGAAAGUUUUGGAAAAUUUUGUCUUUUAUAAGACACUUUUAUAUUAAAGGUUUUAGUUUAAUCACUGCACAA